AGAGCAGAUGCGACAUGUCGGCCCCCUGUGCACCCCACGCCCCCCAACAUCGGCCCGUAGACCGACCCCGCAAGGAAGUAAUUCAGUGUCGUAAUCUGAUCGGGGCAAUUCCCAGCGAGGACCGCGGGGUGACAAUUCCCCUGUCACCCCUCUUUAGAUUUCUUGUGCCCGUUUAGCAUUUUCACUUUUACCUUCUAUUUUAUUUCCUUUCUCCUUCUCAAUCAUUCUCGUUCAUACAGAGAGUACACGAAUACAAUGGAGGCAAUGCAAGCAGCGAAUCGACUCCAGCGCGCUCUCCGCACCGAGCGCGGACUGUCCUUUGGUGCGUGGCAGAUGCUUCCUGGGGCGAACCAUGCGCGGUUCAUGGCUAGGACGGGGUAUGAUUGGAUUUGUGUGGAUACGGAGCAUGGGAAUAUUGCUGACUGGCAGAUGCAUGAGGCUGUGGCUGCUAUUGCUGCUACUGGGGUGAGUCCCAUUGUACGGAUUGCUGCGAAUGAGGGGUGGAUGGUGAAGCGGGCCUUGGAUGCGGGCGCUCAUGGAAUCGUCGUGCCUCUUUUGUAUACUGCUGAUGAUGCGCGGAGGUUGGUGGAGUCUGCCAAGUUCCCGCCUGUUGGCCGGAGAGGCUUUGGGAGUCCCUUCGCCAUGGGCUCUAUUGGUGGUGUUUCUGGAGUGGAGUACCUCCAGGGGGCCAACGAUGCGCUGCUCACCAUUGUGCAGAUUGAGACUAAGGAGGCAUUUGAGAAUGUAGAGGAGAUUGCCAAGGUCCCCGGCAUCGAUGUCCUGUUCGUCGGACCCUGGGAUCUGGGAAACAAUAUCGGCCGUCCCGUCACGGGCGCAUUCCAUGAAGACCUCGAGGCUGCGAUUGAGCGGAUCCGCAAGGCUGCUGUCGAUAACGGAAAGAGGGCCGGUAUCUACUGCGUGGGUGGUGCGGCUGCAAAGAAGUACGCCGACCAGGGUUUCCACAUGAUCUCCGUCGUCGCCGAUGCUGUCGCUUUGCCCACCUUCCUUGCGGAUGCCCUUGAAACCGCCAAGGGUAGCAAGACUGAUGCCGCCGUUCCCACCUACUAGAUCUACCCAUCCAAUCCCCACAUGUAUAGUGUUUGCAAUUUAGAAUGAACGAUGUUCAUGAUUGUCGUACGUCCAGCGAGCCUUUGUUCAUCUAUGACUUCGUUUUUUCUGCUUCAUCGACCAGAUUCUCGACUUCCUGCUCGGUGAACCGGUGGAAAAGCUUCUUCGGUUCGGAGAGUUGAUCCUUGAGGGCAGCUUGGACAUGGAGAACCGGGACAUCAAAUUCGUAGACGUCCUUCCAGGACUUAUUCUCGGGGGCCAUAAUGUCCAAUUCGGAGUAAUCAAACGGCCUCCGCUUGUGUAGCUGGGUCACGGCGUGCUUGGCGGUGUCACAGAGCCCGCAGCCAGCGCGGGUGAAGAGCGUGACGCUAGCUUUUGCGAAGAGGGCUCUGGUGGGGAACAUAUUGCUUGCCCUGGACCGAAAGGGAUAUUUCAAUGAAGCUCGUUGUUGAU